CUCUUCUGCGAAAGCUCUCACUGUCCUCCUCUCAGCGCACUUCACAGCACUUCGCGUCGCCAUACAGAGAUUCGCUUCGCAACACCACCACCUCAAUCAUCUCCACAUCGAUUAAGCGUCGAACACCAACACACCAACUUCAUCAUGCCUAAGGAGAAGACCACCACCCGCGGCUCCAAGAAGGCCGCUGGCAAGGCCGACGGCGGCAAGAAGAAGAAGGACCCAAACAUGCCAAAGCGUGGUCUGUCCGCGUACAUGUUCUUCGCCAACGACACCCGUGACAAGGUUCGCGACGAGAACCCAGGCAUCAAGUUCGGCGAGGUUGGCAAGAUCCUCGGUGAGAGGUGGAAGGCCUUGAACGAGAAGCAGAAGGCCCCAUACGAGGCCAAGGCUGCCGCCGACAAGAAGCGCUACGAGGAGGAGAAGGCUGCCUAUACUGCCGGUGGCGAUGCUUCCGAGGAGGAAGAGGAGUAGACAACUCUGCUUUCUUUGACUGCAAGCAUAAUGAGGGUUCCGCGCUGCAUCUAUGCACUUCGACUGGACUCGAGUGCUUCUCAGUCAAGACAUGCGGCGUUUCACUUGCUCGAUGGGAUGGGGGGAUCAAUGAUACCAAGAGUUCGGCGAUACCGAACUCAAAAGCCAGCUUCUCAGCAGAUGGCUUGUGUGUACUAUAAGCGUGCUCUCAGGAAAGGGUGCGAGCAAUUUCAUUUGUGAUGCCAGA